AUGACUAAAGUAUGUUAUUUUUUAGAAGACUCUACCCACGUGACUUCGUCACGCUCUGAAUUGCGAAAGAAUGGAAAACCUCGAGCCAAACGAAAGCCUCGCGUCCUGUUCUCCCAAGCUCAAGUUCUCGAGCUCGAACGCAGAUUCCGUCAGCAGAAAUACCUAACCGGUGCCGAACGUGAAGUUAUCGCUCACAAAUUGAAUCUUUCUGCGACCCAGGUGAAAAUUUGGUUUCAAAAUCGCCGUUACAAGUCGAAACGUAUGGAAUGUGAUAAUGGCUGUGCAGAUCCGUCGGCUGCCUCAAAGUGCAGCCUCGACUGGAAGAAGUAUCCAGUUGUUGGAGUUUAUGGUGUCGAAUCGAGGAAGUCAUCGCCAAUGGAGGGCAUGACAAUGCAUAUGCACGGAUCAGUAGGAAUUGUACCAGUUGGUUCAGGGGCAGCGCAACCCCCUCCAUAUCCAUCAAACGUCACUAACCAUAGUGGUGGGGUUGGUGGAGUUAAAUAUGAAAUACCUGCGAAUAAUCAUCAUGAAACAGACGUGCAUUUCAUCAAUGCUUAUGAACCUCCAAAAGCUUAUUGGCUUUAA